GUUGACGACGACCUCGAAGUCUUCUAGUUACUGCUUUACUCUUUCGAGAUUAUCACUUGUCGUACUGAAAUUCGUGUCAAUUGACCACUUCCUUAGACUCUGAAGAUGAACGACCCAGCCGUGGCCACUCUGGCGGCGAAAUAUUUCAGCUCUGAGUCAGCUGAAGAGAUAGAAGUGCUUGACCCUUUUAAUAUGUUCGGAUGUGGACCCUCUAUGGACAAAAAAUGGAUUGCUAUCGUCAAGUCCGACCCAAAACGGACCGUGGCUAUCUUCGACAUACCCCUUGGAUCGAGCGCAAAGAGUGGUGUGCACAUUGGUACCUCAAACCACGAGAAGGGGGACACGAGAGCGGACAUAUGUCCUGCUAUCCGCGCCAUCGUCAACUCUGCCGUGCAGUGGACUGACAGGAGCGCUUGGGAAGGCCUCGUACGCGCUGGAGUCGUUGAGAAGCUAUGCAAGUGCGUAUCUGGAACCCUGAAAACGAUAGAUUACCCACCUGGAACUCCAAAGGCACUUAAGGACAAGAUAAUAGGUCAGGAGCAAUUAAAAUCUCCGUAUCAUAUUGCCCUAGCGGUCUUCGCGCAGACACUUGAAAGGAUGCAGCGCCUUGGAGGUGUGAAGGAUGACGUCGACAAAAUCAUUGUAUCCACUCUGGAGAAGCAUUGGGGUGCAAUGGUGGCACGGCUGUGGCGGGAUCCAUCUAUGACUUCCAGGGAGCAUAAUCAUCACUCAGUGGAACGUACACUUCUGUCUCGACUCGUAAUGGCGUUAGCAGACCUGGAUUCAAGCUUUCGUCAGACUCUUUGUACUGAGUCUGACCUCACUGUGGCCGUCGCUGUUCGCUACUGGAUGCACGCCACACAAUAUUUCGAAACCCAAUGCUUCUACCAUAUCAUCGAAACUGUAUACUUCCCUACCGACACGGAGUCCAAAACGGACACCGGCACACAGCAAAACCAAGCCCUUUUCCUCUCUUCGAUCUUGAAAGCAACGAACGAUGUGCCGUCUCGGUUCUUCGCCGCGUGGGGCAAACAGCUCAAAGUUUUUACAGCCAUCGACGUCCCUCCCGCUCUAGAUUGGCUCAAAAGGCGUCUUUGGAUGUCCGCAUAUGGAGAGCAGACCUGGCGCGUAACUGAUCCAGGCGAUACGGCCGCUUUUCCGCCACCUAUCUCGCCACCAGUCAUUACGGCUUUCAUCAAAUCGCGACCGUUCUGGCAGACGGUGUUCGACCUAUUGCGUAGGACGGAUUGUAGAGGGAUGCUCUACCUUCCAGUGCUAAACUUUUUGAGCUUUAUCCUGUUCACCUGCGCUCAGUGCGAUAGGGAUGAACUCCCAACCCUCCUACGAGUAUUCGGGGAGGUAGACUUUUUCGGUACACUAGAAGCCGUAUUACCUCUUUGUCUCCCUGUAUCUGGAGUUCAUGCCGAGAUCUGCAAGAUUUUCUCCACUUUGCUCCGACUCGCCCAAACUCACCCGCCCAUCAUCUCCGUCCUUCGCUCACAGCUCCCUCGUCCCCGAACCUACCGCUUGCUUUUCGACGACGCAUACAAAGUCACUGGAUCCCUGCCUCCUCGACUUCUCACUCGCGACGUUGUCCUACCCACUGGCCCCAGUCGACCCGGAAUCGAUGACACCAGAGGGUGGUGGUGGAUCGCCGUGUUACAACACACUUGUGCGGACGAGAAACAGUGCGGGAGGAGAGGCUGUACUGAGAAGGGCGGGAAGAAGUGCAAGGCUUGUAUGGGCGUUGGGUAUUGUGGCGCGGUAUGCCAGAAGAUGGACUGGAAAGAACACCGCCUAGCGUGCGGUCUGUCGAUCGAUUUUACGGACGAUUCCUUGGGAUUUGACGAACUUGGGAUUCUCAGCGUACCGGAGACGUUCCGGCCCUAUCGCGAAGGAGAUCUCAGUGGCCCAAAGAAGAAGACUUGAUCUAUGUGUGGUCUGUAUCAAGUCACAAUCCCAUGUGUGGGGCAAUUUUGGAUCAUGCCCGAAAACUAUAGUACUUACAUCCUCAAGGUGUUCCGUUCUGAUACACCUGGUCACUUUACUAGUCGUUGCUCUUCAACUUCCGUGUAUUAUAGUCUCUUCUCUCUUCUGGUCUUGUCAUCGGUUACAGACUCGCAGUCGGAUCAACAUAGUUACUUCCAUCUCCACAUGCAAGUAAUGCGUACAGUGAGCUCAAC